AAAAUAUUGUAGAAUCUCAUUGUUUCUGCAUUAUCCACACGUUGAACAUAAUGUUACCCAGUGUACUGAAAUUCAAACAUUUUCUGUAUUUCUUAUUACAUCAUUAGAUAUGAUGAUUUGUAUAAAGGAAAAGAGAAAAGAAAGAGUUUUGUACGUGUAAAUUGUAUGAAUGUGUUUAUUUCAUGUCAUUGAUUGCUGGUUGAUGUUUAAUAACUUCAGUAGGAUAAAUAUAUGUGCAUCCAGUGAUAGUUUUUACUUUUCUGUCAGUCCAAAUGACCAAGAUGUUGAAGAAGGACAACCAUUACGUUUGAGAUGUGCUGUAACUCCAUCAAAAGAUAUUUAUUACUCAUGGUUACAUAAUGGUACACGUUUACAAUUGGAAAAAGAGAGUGGUCGACGUUACCUUGAAGUGGAUAGUAAUUUACAGAUUUUACAUGCUGAUCGUGAAUUAGAUCCUGGUACCUAUCAAUGUCAAGCGUUGAACCGUUCUUCAACUUUCACGACAGCUAGUAGAGAAGCAAAAGUAAACAUUUACUGGAUGGAUCCAGAUGUUCAUGUAUCUUUAAUUAAACCAUUACGUUAUGAAGACAUUCGUUUAGGUGAAGAAGUUGAAUUAACAUGCAAUGUUAAAGCAAAUCCACCAUUAAGUCCAGCAAAUAUUAAAUGGUUUCACAAUGGGAAUGCGCGUUUACCAAAUACAGAAUUUCGAAGUAAUGGAAAUUUACGUAUAGCAGUUUUUGGUAUUGAACACACAGGAAGUUAUCAUUGUCGUGUUAUACAUGCAGCUGGUAAAUUAGACAGCAGGCCACCAUUUUUAAUUCAAAUGACAAGUGACGAUCCCCCAAAAUUAAUUACUGAUUUGGUAAAUCAUGAAUUUUCGAAAUUUGUUAUGCGUGGCCGUUCCGUUGAAUUGGAAUGUCCUCAACCAGGUGUACAAAAGUCAGCAGAUUCUAUAGCUCCGAUUACAGUAUGGGGAUUAAUGCCACGUUUAGGAGAGCAACAACAACCUGUAUCAACUUUAAGAGAUAUUCAAUUUGCUGAUCAAGAUACAAAAUUAGUUAUCAGUAAUUUUGAUAUACAUCAUGUGAGCUUUUACACAUGUGAAAUUAGUUGGCCUAAUUCACCAGAUCGAUAUGUAUUUCUUUUUCAAGUUGAACUAGCUGCUCUUUAUUACCCAAAGCGAUCGAAUUUUUCGCCUCGUCUAAAAAAGAAUCAACCAUAUAUUGUUCGAAUCAAUGAAGAUGCAAAUCUACGUUAUUAUUCUGAUGAAUCACCAUCUAACUCAUUUGUUACCGAUCAGAUCUCAAAUCCAACACCAAAAAUUAUAUGGCAUAAAAAAGAUGAGCAUCAAUCAAUUCCUAUUUGGCCUCCAAUUUCAUCAUCUUCAAUGAUAGAUGAAUCAAAGUUAAAUGGUCCAAAACCUAGAAUUUAUGCUUUACGUGGACGUCAUUUAGUAAUUCAUUCUGUUACUGAAUUAGAUUCUGGAUCAUAUGAAAUGAUUUUAACGAAUACCGCUGGUCGUGCAUCUAUUGUAUUUGAUAUUUUAGUGAAUUUUCCACCUGAAUUCUACCAACCAUUGACUCAUGAAGAACAUGCUUUAGAUGAAGACAGUUCCAUUACAUUAGAUUGUGGUAUUAAAAAGCGUUCAAUUCCAGGAAGUAUUGUCUAUUGGGAAAAAGAUCAACGUGUUUUAGAAAAAUACGCCAAUAGUCUUAUGGCUUUAGAGAAUAAUGGUGAAACUUUACGAUUUCCUGAAUUGAAACCCGAAGAUCAGGGUCAAUACCAAUGUUUCGUUCAAACUGAUGGAUAUAAGGAAAGAUGGUCUGGUCGUGAACAAACCUUAAUUGUUAAAGCUAAACUGCAAUUUUUACGUGAAUUUCGUGAACAUUUUCUUGAAAUUAAUAUGCAAGGACGAAUACCAUGUAAAGCUAGAGGUUAUGGUACAGUAACUGUUGAAUGGUUUCGUAAAGUUGAUCCACAUUCUAGUGAUUUGCAAAGAAUUCUCCCACCUAAUCAAGUAGAAGGUGGCACUUUAAUUAUCCAGUAUGUACAAAAACAUGAUGCCGGUGAUUAUGUAUGUAUAGCCAAGUCAACAUAUAAGAAUGCUCAAAUUAAUAUGACUGUCAGUGUUAUUGUUGGAGAAAAACCUCAAAUAUCACAGAUCAGUGCAAACCAAACAAUUCGCGUUGGUAAUCAAGUUAUACUUAAUUGUCAUGCAUCAGGUGAUCCACAUCCGCAAAUUAGUUGGAUAGUUAAAAAACCCGGUUAUAAAAUUCCAAGUGUUUAUACUCCAUUAGUUGAUAGUGAAUUACUAAUUCCCCAAUCUACUGAUUUAUCUGAUUCAAGUCGAUCAGCUGAUAAUCAUUUACAAGAACAACAAUUUUUGCAACCACCACCGUCUAGUUCAAGUUCAUCAGCUUCGAUUGAACAUAAUUUAAACAGUGCAUCUAGCGCGGAUGCUGUUGUAGCUGCAAUUUCAAGAAAUAUGCAAGCAAAUGGAGGACGUAUAACAGCGUUUCCAAAUGGUAGUUUAAUUAUUAAACAAGUGCAUUUAUCAGAUCAAGCUGAGUAUAUAUGCGUUGCUGGCAAUAAACAUGCUAUCAAAACUCGUCAAGGAGUAUUUGUCAGAGUCCUCACUCCGGAAGAAUAUACUCGACAACAACUUGGUGAAGAUGGUACAAGUACUGGUAUGAUGAAAACUAUUUUUAUAGUAGUUGGAUGUGCUGUUGCCUAUUUAGGCUUAAUUAUUGGAUUAACAACAUUCUGUAGUGUUCGUAUGGUACGUACUCGACGUAACCGAUCACGUAAAAGUGGUGGCAAGUUACAUGAAAAUGGUCAAUUACUCAAUCCUUUGAAUGAUCCUAGUAAUCCGAAUGGUGGCAAAAGAGGAUCGCAAGGAAGCGGCGGGGGUGGCGCUGGAACUGGUAAUAUGGAAUGUGGUUUAUUAUUAGGAGGCGGUUGCACAUCGGGGAUAAAUACAACUGCAAAUGCAUCUCUUAGUCAACUACCUCAUUAUGGUCGCCCCGUGUUGACUAGUGCAUCUGGCACACGAAGUGGAACAAGUUAUCCUGAUAGUGGUACUUUACCACAUCCUUUAAUGUGCACAGAACCUGGGUCAAAUCAAAGGCCAAACAUUUCAGUAAAUGAUACGAAAUGCUGGUGGCCUAUAAGUGACAAUGCAUAUUAUGGACAAAACGAUGCUCAGGCCAAACUACUACAGUCGGCCGGUGCCGCCGGACCAAUAGACGGAUUUGCUAAUCCUUUGACAGAUAUUGGAGAUCUUAACGGUCACUCAUAUGUACAUGGACACUCUAUGAUGAGUCCGUCAUGUAAUCUUAUGUUUUCGGCGCACAAAGGCACUAGCACGGGUGUGGCUAGCAGUACAAUUGCUACAACUACAUCUGAAUCACAUCUUGUCUCUGCACCACCACCAACUCCGCUUGAUUCACGAUCACAUUUUAGUGGAGUAUCUUCUGGUAAUUCAACUAGCUUGUACUCUCGUUCCCUUUUAAGUGGUGCUUCUAAUUUCGGAUCACCUCCCAAUCAAAUGGCUUCACAUGUCAAUAGCUUGAAUCAAUAUGAUCAGUCAAAUGCAUUACACACUAUUAGUCAAACAGAUCGUAUGAAUUAUCCACGUUGUGAACUACAAAUGGAAGGAAUACUAGGGAAAGGUGAAUUCGGUGACGUAUUCUUGGCUCGUGCUCGUCAUAUACAAGAAGGUGAAGCUCAAUCCUUAGUAUUAGUCAAAUCAUUGACUUCAUGUGAUUCAGUACAUAUUAAUGAGUUUCAUCGUCAAUUAGAAUUGUUUGGUCAGUCUGAUCAUGAUUAUGUUACACGUUUAUUAGGGGUAUGCAUGGAACAAGAACCAUUCUAUAUUUUGUUAGAAUAUUGUGAAUGGGGUGAUCUAAAACAAUUUUUACGUUGUAUGCGUGAAGAGAAUUCAGCACCACUUAAAAUGCCACCUUUAACUUGUACACAAAAGAUGAGUAUAUGCAAGCAGUUAGCUCUUGGUAUGGAUUAUUUAGCUCAUAUGCAUUGUGUUCAUCGUGAUUUAGCAGCUAGAAAUGUACUCUUAACUCAAGGUUUAGAAGUGAAAAUAUCAAGUCUUGGCUUGGCUAGAGAUGUUUAUGCAAAUGAAUAUUAUCGUUUACCUAAUACAGAACAAUUCAUACCAUUAAGAUGGUUUGCACCAGAACUUAUUCAUGAAAUAACAACUAAUACAACAAUGAAUACAACUGCACGACAUGUAUCAUUAUGUAAUGGACAUGAAAAUAAAUCGUUGAAACAAUUAGCUAAUCCAGCUAUACCCUAUUCUACACAAUCCGAUGUUUGGGCAUUCGGUAUAUUAGUUUGUGAAGUCUUUUCAUUAGCAGCACUUCCUUUAGCUAGAUUGUCUGAUCAAGAAAUUAUUGUUGCUGGUCAACGAACAGCUAUGCUACUAAAUAACACUAGUGGUUUUACUAAAUCAAAACUUAACACUACCGAUUCAUCACCAUUGAAACCGGAUUUAGUUGCUGAUAUACCAAGUGAAUUAGGUAAUUUAUUAAAUCGUUGUUGGUCUCCAACACCACAACAUCGACCUACAUUCAGUGAAAUUGCAAUUAUUAUACGUGAUCUUGCUGCAUCAUAAUUUCAUUUACACUUUUUUUCCUUUAAUUUUUUCUCUCUUAUAGUUUCUUUUUUGUGUUCAUUUAUCUAUAUCAAAAUCAAUUUUAAAAAUUACUAUUAAAGUAAAUUCAACAGUAUGAAGAUGAUAAUGAAAAAAAUAAUAGAAGAAACUAAUUAAUCAUUUUGUAACCACAAAUAAUAUAGACAAUUUUCUAAAACGUUUCAGCCUCUUUUCACUUAUUUAUUUAUUUACAUUCUUUCGAGUUAGUUCUAUUCAUUUUUGAAUAUUCAAACCACCCCCACCGGCCAGAUUGUUAUUUAUUUCAUGUCAAUAAAAUAAUAGUUACUAUAUUAUUCAUUAUCAUAGUUGCAUUAUUCAAAGUGUAUCAUAAUAAAAUACUAAAGAAUUUUAAUUUGGACUAAAUUACUCAAUUCAAAUAAAGCACAAUUAAUUCAUCUUUCAUAAUUACAUGUAUUUAGGUUGAUUAAAAUACAUUUGCUUAGUUACUAUUCAUUAUAUAUACUGUUUACAAAUUGAAAUACAAUAUCUUAGACUCUUUUCUUCAUUUAUUCUCAUCUCCAUUGUUUUCAUUAUCAUCUUCAUUAUUAAUAUUAGUAGUAUAAGUUGCUAGUUGUAAAAAAAAAUAGAAUAAAAGUCGAUGUGUCUCUUUUCUUUUCAUUUUGUUUUCUUUUUUUCUUUAAUUCAUAUGUUAAUAAAAAUCAUUAAAAUUUUUUUCUCUUUUUCUUUUUAUUUUAAUUUCUUUUUCUAAAAAAUAAUAUUUAGUGUCAAUCAUUUAUUUUAUUUUUCUCUAUUUUUAACUCUAUUCUCUUAAUUCAAUGUUCUCAUUUUAUUACGUUUUAAAAUGGUAUGUAAUUUUACAAUAUCAAAACAAACUAAUAGUAAUGGUCAAUGUAUAAUAGACUUUAAAUACAACUAAUACUGACUUGUUCUACAGUACCUUCACUAUUGUUCUUCUAAUUCUUCUUUUUUAUUAAUUGUAUUGACUAACUGAAUUAUGUUAUACAUCAUUAUCAAAGUGUACAUAUAAAAUAUCCAAAUAAUUAUGGGUAUAUAUACUGACGUAUACUUUAUCUUUCCUUCUCUGUUUACAUUUACAGGAUAAUACUACUAAUGAUCAUAAUUACUCUCAAUUGAAUAUUUUUGUUAUUUCAACUCCUUGAAUAAUUUUUUUUCCUUCAUCUAUUAUUUACUUACAAAUUUUGUGAGUAAUAAUAAAAUUAAUUCAUUCAUAAGUCAUUUAUUUACCCCGGUUUACUUAUUUUCAAAGGAUCCAUAUUAUUUUCACUUUCAUUAUGAUGCUUGACAUCUGUAUUCAAUAGACUUAAUUCAUCUGUGAAUAUACCAAUAAUAAAUGGUGUCCAAUUUUUUUUCCUACAAAUUGUACAUUUCAUGCUAUAAAAUUGAUGCCAAUACUACUACUAAUAAUAAUAAUAAUGUUAAUAGUGCAUAUCAUAUUACAGCUCUUUUUUUCAUUGUCAAUACUGUAUCAUUGUCAGAAAUAUGCAUUUUAAUUAUCUACAAAUAGACAUGCUUUCCUUCUGUAUGCAUUAUACAAUGCAUCUCUCUGUUUUCUUCAUUCUGACCACAUUUUGUUUGUUUGUUUGUUUUUUGUUUAGGUAAAGAGUUCAGUUUUAUUUGUCAUCACAUAUAAUAAAACGUUUGUGUUGCUUCUAUUUUAUACCAUAUCUUCAUUUAUCUACUGUAUUCUCUAUUUCUUCAAUAGCUUACUUACUAAAAACAAUAAAACAGAAACAAAACCACAUUGUUUUUUAUAGGAAUAAAUUUUAAAUUAAUUAUCAUUCAUUGAAGAAAUAUUCAUAUUUUUAUUUUCUUCUUAACUGUUUCCAUCUUUUUCUUUUCGAUGACUUUUGUUAUCGCCUUAUUAUUGUAUUUCUCAUCAUCUCUUAUAUUAUAAAUAAUCUUUCUUACAUCAUAACCAUAUUAUAUUCUUCUAUGAUUUUGUUUACAGUUUCUUUUCAUCUCUUUAUAAUAUAUAUUUAUUCACACUGACAACAAAACAUUUACUGUCUAUUUAGCAUUUUAAAUUCUCUUUUUAAUUAAAUACUUUUUCUCUUGUCUUUAUGCUCUUAAUGUUUUUUUUUUGUAUAUUACAUAACAAUUACUGAAGAUUGGUGAAUGAAUGUGAAUAAUAACAAAAAAUCGAUAGGGUUUCUAGGUAAAGAACCAAAUCAAAUACAUGCAUAUAUUACUUCACCUAUGAUGAUCUCAAUUUAUCUUUCUUCUUUCUGUAUUUCAGCAAGGUUUCUUUCUAAAAUAAAAUCGAGAUAAAAAUCAUAAUUCAUUAUUACCAUUUAUUAUAUUGUUAUUAUUAAUUUACAAAUAAAUUGCUUUUGUUUAAUCAUUUAAUUAAUAAUAAACAUUACAGUGAUGAAACACAAAAGACUUGAGAAAUGGUAAGGAAGUACAUGUAUAAUAAAAGCAAAAUGUUUUGUGACAGAAUUGUUUCUUUUCACGAAAUAUAAAAACAACACAGUCAUUAAGUAUUAAAAAAAAUAAAAUAAAACAAAUAAUUCGAUCAAUAAUGGUAAUAAUUGAUAAGUAGUAAGUGUAGGAAGCAAUUUCUUACAGGUUUAACUCUAAGCUAUUCUCUCUGUAGACCGUCGAACACAGAGUCUUGAUUUAGCCAAAGUCAGAAUAAGUAAGCUAUUUGGCUUGAUAAACUUUAUCUGUUUCCAAAACACAAAUUAACACCGUUAGUAUACAAAAUAAAUAAUACAGUGUAUCAAUACAGGGAAAAACAGAGACAUAAAUAACAUACUGAACAGUAGCUAGAGAAUAGGAAA